AUGUUGCAGGCACUGGACGUCCCCUUGGUCAAGAAAUGCAGCAUGCAGGGUGCAGAGUUGAAGGACUUUCUGCCCGAGCUCCAGGAUCAUCGCAUAACGGCCCUGGUCACUGUCGCUCAUCGCUGCCUGAGGGACCAAACAGACGAAUUCGUGGUGCUGGUGUCCAAAAAGGGCUUCGCCAAGAAGGUAUCUAUUGACCGCUUUCGCGGCCUGCGCCCGGGCAAGGGACUCCCCUGCAUGAAAUUGGCGCGGAACUCAGAGCACAGUGUUUCCGCUUCUGAGCUAGAGAAGAAACAGGUGAUUGAAUCGGACGUACAGUGGUGGCUUUCGUGUUCAAUCGAGUUAUGGCCCGAGAAUCCGCGACAGAGCAAGCACCAGUAUCCGUCUAAACGGAUCAACGUCAACCCGUAUCUUCUUUGA